AUAGCUGUGGAGCUGGUUCCCAAUGUAAACUUGCAACAAGUUGAGUUUGCUCCCCACAACAUUUUUGUUAGUUUUGGAGCUAAAGGCGAUGGCCUAACGGACUCCACCAAAGCAUUCACUGAUGCAUGGGCUGCAGCAUGUGCCUCCAUCGCUUCCACCACCUCCAUCAUAUUUGUACCAAGAGGACGCUAUUUGCUUCGCCCUGCUGUGUUUGCAGGCCAAUGCACAAGAACCCGUAUCAUCAUUCUCAUUAAAGGCACCCUGGUGGCUCCAUCUGACUACCGCAUUCUCGGGAAAGCGGACAGUUGGUUCAGCUUUGAAGGAGUUAGUGGCGUUUCCAUCUUGGGAGGGGCCCUGGACGCCAGAGGACAUGCCUUGUGGGCUUGCAAAGCUGCCGGAAACCAACAGCAUUGCCCCAGUGGGGCCACGACCCUCAGUUUUACCAACUCCAACAACAUUAUGAUAAAGGGAGUGCUAUCAGUAAACAGUCAGAUGUUCCACAUUGUCAUAAAUGGCUGCAACAAUGUGCGCCUUCAAGGAAUCAGCAUCAAAGCACCCGAAAGCAGCCCAAACACAGACGGCAUUCACGUCCAGUUAUCGGCCAACAUCGCCAUUGUCCGCUCCAUCAUCAGAACUGGUGAUGACUGCAUAUCAAUCGGUCCAGGCACCCGUAACCUGUGGAUAGAACGUGUGAAAUGCGGUCCUGGUCACGGCAUUAGCAUAGGAAGCCUAGCCAAGGACAUGGAAGAAGAAGGGGUGGAAAAUGUGACGGUUAGGAGGGCAGUUUUUACAGGUACUCAAAAUGGGCUUAGGAUUAAGAGUUGGCCCAGGCCCAGCAAAGGAUUCGUUAAUGGGGUCCAUUUCAGAGGAGCCAUCAUGGACAAUGUCCAAUAUCCCAUUGUUAUAGACCAAAACUACUGUCCUGGUGAUGAAGAUUGCCCUUCUCAGGAGUCGGGCGUAAAAGUGAGUAAUGUGACAUACAAGGAAAUUGAAGGGACAUCGGCGACUGAGGUUGCAAUCAAAUUCCAUUGUAGUGCUACGGAUCCAUGCACAUUUCUAAGACUAGAAGAUGUGAAACUAUCUUAUGUAAAUGAUGAGAGAGUGGCUCAAUCCUUUUGUAGAUAUGCAAAUGGAAAGGCAUAUGGCUUGGUCCAACCAAAUAGUUGUUUCUAAUUAUGAAAAUGGGAAUAUAAAUAGAAUUAACAUUAAUUAAUUUUCUCUUCGUUUUAUUUUAA